GACCGUUCAAAUCGAUUUUUCCCAUUUUUUUUUUAUCGAGUUCCCAGUUGUCUUCAACGCACUGAAGUCGGAAGUCGAAGUUUUCCGAUUUCCCAGUUCCUUUUAACGCGGCAUUAGCCCUGUUUUUUAAACAAGUUUAGACAUGGCAUAAAAGCACUGCGCAUCGAGCACGGCUAGAGGCGAUACUUAACAUAUUUUCAAUUGGAGUUUGGUAAGGCAUUUUCAGUUUUUAGCAGCGGUUAAGUAACUGCUAGCUAGCUAGCUAGCUAGCAUCUUUAGCUAACACCUGUGAGCUUCCGGAGCUAACGUAACUUGCUAGCUAGCUAUCAAGCCGCUCAUCAAAGUAUGUGUUUCUAGCUAGCUAGAUAACUAACCUAAACUGACAUAUUGUUGUUAGCUAGAUAACUGUUAUUUGCAUAGGUUGUCCAGUAUCCUGCAGAACCUUCAGUUUAUAUGCAGAACCCUUAGCUGGCUAGUAGUCUGUUUGACAUCCUAUACUUAACUCUUAUAACACAGAUGAAUACUUCAACCUUGUAAAGGGAUAAUUAUUUAUGCUAUUGCCUUCAUAUAGCAAACUCUCCUGUCCUCCACAGUCAAGAUGCCAGUCCUUUGUAGCAGCUGUGCUGAGAAGCGUGCAGUGCUGAAACGUCCAAAGACAGCCCAUUCCCUGUGCAAAGAGUGCUUCUUCUGGGCCUUUGAGGAGGAGGUGCAUCAGACAAUAAUGUCAGCGCAGCUCUUCAAAGAUGGAGAGACUGUGGGCAUUGGUGCCUCGGGCGGGAAGGACUCCACUGUGCUGGCACACCUCAUGAAGGUCCUAAAUGAGCGCUAUAACUACGGCCUGAAACUACUGCUGCUGUCUGUGGACGAGGGCAUCACAGGUUACCGUGACGACUCCUUGGAGACUGUGAAGAGGAACCAGCAGCAGUAUGAGCUACCUCUGAAGAUUGUGUCCUAUGAGGAGCUGUAUGGCUGGACCAUGGAUGCCAUAGUGAAGCAAAUCGGACUGAAGAACAAUUGCACUUUCUGUGGAGUGUUCCGAAGGCAGGCACUGGACAGGGGAGCCAUGAUGCUGAAGGUUGAUAAGAUAUGUACAGGUAAUAUAAGACAAAUAUAUUUGUUAUUGAGCAGGCUUAUUUUAUCUAUCUUAUUUCAGAUGAGGCGUAGCCUAGUUUAAACAGUCCCUCCAGGAUUUUGCGAUUCUGUGAUCACAACCCUUUUAGCAAAAUCAACAUUUUCCUGCAUAUAAUGCGAGGGCAUGCAAAUUUGACCAAUCAAUGCAACUUGCCAUGCAAAAUGUAAUUAUUGCCACAGCAAAAUCAAGCAUUUUGGCAUGCAACUAUCACAAAAAAACUGCGAAAUCCUGGAGGGACUGAUUUUAAAGGACUGUUUGUGUUUCUGACUGUUCUCAGGUCACAACGCUGAUGACGUGGCAGAGACAGUUCUGAUGAAUGUCCUCCGAGGAGACAUCGCCCGUCUGCGUCGCUGCACUGCCAUCAGCACAGCCAGCGAGGGCGAGGGGGUAGUGCCACGCUGCAAGCCCCUCAAAUACGCCUACGAGAAGGAGAUUGUCCUCUACGCCUACUUCAAGAAGCUGGACUACUUCUCCACAGAGUGCAUUUACUCCCCCAACGCCUACCGAGGUCAUGCCCGCACCUUCCUGAAAGACCUGGAGGCUGUGCGGCCCAGCGCCAUCAUGGACGUCAUCCACUCUGGGGAGAACCUGUCAGUGAGGGAGGGUGUGAAGAUGCCCAUUCAGGGGACCUGCGGCCGCUGUGGCUACAUCUCCAGCCAGGCGCUGUGUAAAUCCUGUGUUCUGCUGGAGGGCCUGAACCGUGGCCUGCCUAGACUAGGAAUCGGCAAGCACCACCGCCUCCACGGGAAGAUCCUCUCACAGCAGCCUCUGACCCAGGCAGAGGAGAGGAAGCUCAAGGCUGUGGACUUC